AUGCAUUCAGUCAGAACAAUGGUGUGGACAGAGACUAAACCACGCGGUCCGAUUUCGGCCAUGCAUUCAACGCCGGGUCCGGUGUAUCUCUUGCCAGGUUUAGUCGGAAAUAACUUUCAUGAUCCACGAUCAGUUCAUAACAAACAACCAGCGUAUUCAUUUGGUCUCAGACAUGGAAAGUAUAAAGAUGACUCUUCGCCUGGACCAUGUUACUUCCCCAAUCCGAGAAUAUCUCGGACUGGUAAAGAUGGUUCGCCACAAUAUUCUCUCUACUCGCGACGUGGUGAUCUGAAAGGCGAUCGUUGUCCUGGACCCGGUGCCUAUAAACCUGAGGAUAAAGGACCAAUGAAGACUGCCUUUCAAUCACCGCCUGCCUUUACUUUUGGCACUCGUCAUAAGGCAUAUGGACUUGAUAAUACACCUGCACCGAAUGCUUAUGGUUUACCAGGAAUGCUUGGUAAAACCGUACAAAGUGCCAAGAAGCAAGCACCUGUCUAUUCCAUGACUGGACGUAGCAAACGAGGCGGUUUCGAUGAAGAUUUGCAGCGAACACCUGGCCCUGGUGCUUACAACGUAACUAAGCCGGGUAUAUAUAAACAAGAACCACCACAUUAUAGCAUGAUAGCACGAAAUGAAAUGCCCGGUGAUUCGACACGGAAACCAGGACCGGGCAAAUAUUCGCCCGAAAAAGUUUGGCUUCAUAAACAACAAGCACCUGGCUAUUCAUUCGGCAUUCGUCAUUCUAUGUACGAAGCACCAUUGAUUGUUGAAGUCAAAGAAUGA